GGCGCGGCUCCCGGGCGCUGUCGGCGCGCUCAGUCAUGGACCGCAACCCCUCACCGCCGCCUCCCAGUCGGGACGAGAAGGAGCAUGAGGAGACUGCUGCAGGAGACUGCAUUGGGAGCACGGUCUACAGCAAACACUGGCUCUUUGGCGUCCUCAGCGGGCUCAUCCAGAUUGUUAGACCUCAAAACACCAAAUCUGGCUCAGAUGAUGAGGAGCAGCAGAUGGAGCUUGAUGAAGAAAUGGAGAAUGAAAUUUGCAGAGUAUGGGAUAUGUCAAUGGAUGAGGAUGUGGCUUUAUUUCUCCAAGAAUUUAAGGCUCCGGACAUAUUUAUGGGAGUACUGGCCAGAUCCAAGUGUCCUCGAUUAAGAGAAAUCUGUGUGGGGAUUUUAGGUAAUAUGGCCUGUUUCCAAGAGAUAUGUGUGUCCAUCAGCAGUGAUAAAAAUCUUGGGCAAGUGUUAUUGCACUGUUUGUAUGAUUCAGACCCGCCUACUCUGCUGGAAACAAGCAGGUUGUUGCUUACUUGCCUUUCCCAGACAGAAGUGGCCAGUGUCUGGGUUGAAAGGAUACGAGAACAACCAGCUAUUUAUGAUAGCAUUUGUUUCAUCAUGUCAAGCUCAACAAAUGUUGACUUGCUGGUGAAAGUGGGGGAGGUUGUGGACAAGCUCUUUGAUUUGGAUGAGAAACUAAUGUUGGAAUGGAUUAGAAAUGGGGUUGCUCAGCCUUUGGGCCAACUCCAGGAAGAUUCUGAAGAGCAGCCAGUAUUUAGGAUUGUGCCCUGUGUACUUGAAGCUGCCAAACAAUUACGUUCUGAAAACCCAGAAGGGCUUGAUGUUUACAUGCAUAUCUUACAGUUGCUUACCACAGUGGAUGAUGGAAUUCAAGCAAUUGUACAGUGUCCUGAUACUGGAAAAGACACUUGGACUUUACUUUUUGACCUGGUCUGCCACGAAUUCUGCCAGUCUGAUGACCCACCCAUCAUAUUGCAAGAACAGAAAACAGUGCUAGCCUCUAUUUUUUCAGUGUUGUCUGCCAUCUAUGCUUCACAGGCUGACCAAGAACAUCUAAAGACAGAAAAAGUAGAUCUUCCUCUGAUUGACAGCCUAAUUCGGGUGUUACAAAAUAUGGAAGAUUGUCAGAAGAAACUAGAGAACUCUGCAGAGUCUAACCAAGAAGAAAAUAAAAAGUCUGAUCCAACCCAAGAUGACUUCCACUUGAAAAUCUUAAAGGAUAUUUCAUGUGAAUUUCUUUCUAAUAUUUUUCAGGCAUUAACAAAGGAGACUGUGGCUCAGGGGCUAAAGGAGGGCCAGUUAAGCAAACAGAAAUGUUCCUCUGCAUUUCAAAACCUCCUUCCUUUUUAUAGUCCUGUGGUGGAGGACUUCAUUAAAAUCUUACAUGAAGUCGAUAAUGUCCUUGCUGAUGACCUACAGGAAAGCUUCCCAACUUUGAAGGAUCAGGCUUGAAAAAUGAGUUGGAAUUUCUUCUGUCCAAGAAAUAAACUUGAUUUUUUUCAUAGUUGAAAUUGACAUAAAGGAAAUAUUAGAUAAAACUGGUACUAGACA